AACAGGUUAGUUUAUAGUAAAUAUUAUGCUGAAAAUGAAUCAUCUAAAGACAUAAUAAUCAACUGACAUACCCAAGAGAUGGUGGAAUUAUGAGUCUUCUCUUAUCACCAGCUCACAUCCCUGAGAGAAUUAUAGAGAUUCAUCCAUUUCUUUUUAACAUUUAUAAAUUCAGUUGAAACAACCUUACUGGUUAAAACAUCAUACUAUACCUUCAACACCCUUACUGAGACCUUUUAUGACCUUUUUUCCACCUGCAAACAGAACAUUGUGUGUUUAGGAUGGUUGAAACAACAAUGACAAAUAUCUAAAAUAUUUUUUACCUAAGCGAAAUCUUAAUGGAGCUUCUUCCAAGUUUGAUUCAAACACUUUCCCAGUAUAGAGUGUGCUGACCUGAAACAGCCAAACAGGACUUGAGACAUCAUCAUCCAUAUUUUCAUAUGACUUGGAUGUAAAAGGAAUACUCACCCUUUUUCCUUGAACAGCUACUUUACCAUCUAACUCGCCUUUUUCAAUCUCUUCAAUUGUCACCUCUUUGAAGAAAUCUCUGAUUCCGGUAGUUUAUUAGUACUAGCUUCUUUCUCCAAGUUCCUAUUCAUUAUGAAAAAAAAAAAAAUCUUAUCUGACAAAUCUAUUAAACAAAAGAGAGACAACUCUUUAGCAGAAGCUUGUCUCACUUUUCGAUAGCUUGUUUCUUCCCCCCUGUAGUCUCCUCUCUUUAGCAGAAGCUUACCAGACAUGACAUCUCUGAAUAGUUGGUACCAUUCUGGCUUAUUCCAACUUCGUGACUUGUUAGUUUGAGUUACCCACACCAGCAGCAUGCAUAUCAAGGACACGAAGCACCAUGCAUCAACCUUUCACUCUUUUGCAGCCUUUCAUUCUUCUUGGUAAGGAUGAGGUCGAAUCUGCAUAUUUUGACACUGCCAUCCUUCGAAGACGAAGUAUGGCAGUGUUACUACUUCGACAUCAAGUCUUAUGAGGCAGCCUUUGAAGAACCACCUAACGAUAGCUACCAAGUGUUGUGGAGUCCUAGACUUGGUAGAUUGUUGACGCUAAGUAUUUUUUCCUCGGCUUGAAUUCUAACUCACCCUCUUCUUUUUGUUUUGCAGUUAUUCAUCCCAAUACUAUCGCAUAUCCGGUAGAGUUAUUUCUGAACGCUCUUAGGGUUGUUGCUCUUAGUCAUCAGAAUUGGUCAGGAUUUAAAUAAUUAUGUAUAUUUCAAUUUAUAUAUAUACAUAUGUAAAGUAACAAUAAAAGGUUUUUUUUACCUCUUUUAUUGAACUUUUUUGAUCAUUUUCUUUUUUGUGGGUUUUUUGGUGAAAAAAACUAUUUUACAUUUAUUUGAGAGACUUGCCCUAAUUUUAAUUUAGUUCAAAACUAAUUUUCAGUUACACAUAUUUGUUUACAUGAAUUUUGAUGAGACUUAAAGUGAAUACAUUGCAGGUGGGUUUUAUGUUUGAAAUUAUAGUGAAGUAUUGAUAAAACUUUCCUUACAAAGUUUAAUUCCAUUUGAAAAUUAAUAAAUAGCUUUUCGCCUAUUCUUAGUUUCCAAAACUAACUUUUCUAAAAAAAAUAAUUAAAACAUUUAUUUUAAAGAUAAUAGUAACUUAUAAGGCAACAAACUGCUCAAAAAUCCUAACAAAAAUAAAAAAAUAAUGGUAGAUAAUUCGCAUUAGGGAAGUGAUUCUAGAUACUAAUAUCGUAUAAAACCAUUAUAAUAAAACAAAUCGAGUAUAUGAAAAUAUUUUGUGGUUGUGGGGGUGGGUCAAUCUAUUUGGAAAAGGAAAAUAAGAUGUUUCGGAUAGAGAUACUUGACAAGUCGGCUCAUCCUUGCUUUAUAUAUAAGUACACUCUCAGUGCUUUCUUUGAAACCAAAAGAUAAAUUAUCAUCAAGCUACCAAGGUACGUUAAGACUUUCAGUGCAUUAAUUCUUGCGCACAUCCAGUUGUUUUUGGCGUAUGCAUUAGUUUGAUUCUGUUGAAACCGUGUUUCUAGGGUUUUGUUGUCAAGCAUCUUCUAACUGAUCCAGAAGGAUUUAAUAUGGCUCAUCCAAGGGACUUAAAGUUCUCUCCGAUUGACCAGAAUUUGGUGGGGUAUUAUCUACGCAACAGAGUGGAUACAGGAAAAGAUGGUUUCAUCACAGAUAUCAAACUUUAUGAAGACGAGCCGUGGCUUCUUCCGCACGUCAAGAAUGAUCAAUUCAAAGAGAACAUGUGGUUUUACUUUGUUCUAAGGACACGUAAUUUGGGGAGCAGGCCCAAACGCACGGUUCCCGGUAGAGGAAGCAGUAACGGCGGAACUUGGACGACAAGUGGCGUAAAGAAGGCGAUCACUGACCGUAACAACCCCAAGGUUGUGAUCGGAUACAAAACAGAACUCGCGUACCACAAGAAAGUCAAGGGAAAGCUUAAAGGAGACACCACUGGUUGGUGUAUGACGGAGUAUUGGCUUGCAAGUGAGAACGAUGCUCAGUUCCAAGAAGUAGUCUUGUGUCAUCUCCGUGACAAUAACAAGAUGGUCGUUGACCAGCCACCAGAGAGCAAAAACGGAGACAAUGACAUCGCCACAGAGCAGCCUCAACAAGGGAACAGCGAUGACAACAACAAUAGACUCCUUGACUUCACUCAUCAACAGCGGCCACUGAUUCCUCCUUUUGAAGGACAGGGAUUGAGACUUCAAACCAUUAUGGGAUAUUCUGAUAAGGCCACUCAAGAACAACAACAUCCACCGAUUUCUCCUCCUCCUCAACGUCAAGAUUCCGGAAGCAUAAACAACGCACUUGUAAUCAUGGAAGAUGAGUGUGUUAGCCAAGAUGAAAUAUUCAAUCUAGCUGACCUGGAAGCCGGCAUCACUCAUCCACAACAACAACAUCGUCAGAUGAUGGUGGAUCCUUAUGAUGAUAUAUCUUUCUCAAGAUUGGCAAUGCCGAACAACCUGAUUUACCAUCAUGAAGACUCAUGGCAUCAAGAUACCUCUCCAUGGAACAACACCAAUCCUCGUGGACUCAUAUUCAAUUCUCAUGGAUGUGAGAUCCAAGAUCAAACUGUCACCAAGGGAGUCAAUCAAGAUUCAUAUUAUUAGCCGACAUUUUCUUCUGAUGCAACACAA